CGGAAAAGCGCCCCCGCCCCGCGCAGGGCCUGGUCCGUCUGGGAAGCGGCCCCUUCCGCUGGGCCGGCGGGGCCUGCUGCGAGCGCGGGAAGCAGGAAACCAUCUGACCUGUCUGCAUUGUUCUCUUGACAAAAAGACAUGGCUGUCACACUGCACACUGAUGUGGGAGAUAUUAAAAUAGAGAUAUUCUGUGAGCGAACACCUAAGGCCUGUGAAAACUUCCUGGCUCUUUGUGCUAGUAACUACUACAAUGGCUGCAUAUUUCACCGGAAUAUCAAAGGAUUCAUGGUGCAGACAGGGGAUCCAACAGGCUCUGGGAAAGGAGGUAACAGCAUUUGGGGCAGGAAAUUUGAAGAUGAAUACAGUGAACACCUAAAGCACAGUGUCCGUGGUGUCGUUUCCAUGGCGAACAAUGGCCCAAACACCAAUGGAUCUCAGUUCUUCAUUACAUAUGGCAAACAGCCACACCUAGAUAUGAAGUAUACUGUCUUUGGGAAGGUAAUUGAUGGUCUGGAGACCCUAGAUGAGCUGGAGAAGCUCCCGGUGAAUGAGAAAACCUACCGACCUCUUAACGAUGUUCACAUUAAGGAUGUCACAAUUCAUGCCAACCCUUUGGCUUCAUAGACAUAAAGUGCCUGGACAGAUUCCUGAGAAGCUGGUCAGACUGACUGCUAAUCAUAGUGUUGAAGAGACACUAAAAAGAUGUCAAUUUGGAUCAGACCUUUACAGCUUGAAUGCAGGACUUUCAGGAGCUGACAGCAUCAGGCAGGAUACAAAGGAGAGCCUCAAACUGGCUCUUCUAGUUCUAGCUGUUCCAGACAAUCUGCCAAGGCUCUGAUUGUGAACUUUAGUUUACUUUUUGUACAUGUAAGAUAAAGGGGAAAGAAUCUUUUUACAAAUAUUUUUUCAAUCUUU